UUGGAUGCUUGUGAUAAAUCUAUUCCAAAAAAAGGCGUAUGGAAGGCAAAAAACAGGCGUCCUUGGUGGUCCAAAACCUUAGAAAACCUAAAAAGAGACGUCCUGCGAAAGAAAAGGCGAAUAAGAAACGCCGCUCCCAUUAGAAUGGCAUCCGUUAUAAAAGACUACUGUACAGCUAAACAGGAAUAUGUAGAAAAAACCAUUGAAGCACAAACAAGUAGCUGGAAAGAGUUCUGCUCAAUGCAAGAAAAGGAAAGCCUGUGGGAUGGAAUAUAUAGAGUUAUAAGAAAAACUACCAGACGACAAGAAGAUAUGUUACUGAGAAGUGUCGAAGGUGACACCCUUAAUCCGGAGGAAUCGGCUAAGCUUCUGGCAAGCACUUUUUAUCCAGAAGACUCUGUUGCAACUGACAAGUCCUACCACAUAAAAAUCCGAAGACUGGUACAAGACAAAAAACCGGAGGACAUAGAAGACCUCUCUGAGGAAGAUCCAGCUUUCACCCUGGCCGAACUGGAGACAGUGUUGAAAGCAUUAAACCCAAAGAAAGCUCCAGGCCAAGAUGGUUUAACUUCAGAUAUUUGCACUGUAGCCAUUCAAAGCGAAAAGGAGGAAAUAAAUGAAAAUCUUAUCAGAGCGAUAAAAGACUCUUCUAACUGUCCCUCCGAGGACCGGCGAAUAUUUCCUGUAGAAGAUGUUACGAUGAUAGUGAACCAGAACAGGGAUACGUUCGAGUACAUAAAAUCCUUAGGUCUCGAAGUUGAACACCUCAAAAAUAGUUUGGAAGUCCAGAAAAUUGAUGUGAAAUGUAUCACUCAGGCCAUUGAGUCACUUAAAAACCCUCGAGUAGACUCCAUUGAUAGUGAUAUAUGUGACAUGAAGAAUAUUGUGCAGGAAUUAAAAGCACAAAUACAGAACACAUCCCGGCAGGAGAUAUCCACAGACAAAUUCACAGUCGACAUAGAGCCUAUCUCGCAAAAGAUAGGAAAAUUAACGGAUGAAAUAAAAGAACUAAAGGAACAUGGAGCAACACGCGGUACGGAACGGACGUGUUGCAAGUCAAUCGAAUUAAAAAUAAAUAAUAAGUGUGUGACUCUGAGUGUUUUGAGCCCAAAAAUGGGCACUAAAUGUGACGGCUGCCAUGCCGUAAUAUGUGAUGAUCUCAGGAUGCAGUGUUCGGAGAAAAAUUGUGGUAAAUCUUACCAUCUUGCGUGUCUUGGAUUGGGGAAGGAAAAGCUGGAGGCUACCACAGGGGAAAGUGGAAGUAAAUGGCUAUGCCCAGAGUGCACGAGCAUUAUCCCUAAAGGUGGUAAUUUGAACACGCCAGUACGAGGACCCAAGCAAGUGAAUAAGGAACCAGUUACACCUAGCUACGUCAAUAUCAAGCGAGGUGGCGGCGGCGGUCCGACUACCGUUGAUUCUAUAGUAGUAGAAAAUGAGAUACUGAAAGAGUUAAGAGCGUUGAGAUAUGAUUUUAAUUGUCGACUAGAUAGACAAGCAAAGGAGUACGACCUACUUCAAAAGAGAUUUGUUGUUACGGAAAACGAAUUACAAAAAGUACAAAAGAUUUUGGAGGUAGUUCAAGAAAAAGUAAAUAAAAUAGAUCUUUUAGAGGCUAAUAUUAAAAUAUUAGAAAAGAAAAAGGAAGAACUAGAAUCAAUUUGUAAUAUGGAGAAAAGUCAGCAGUCAGCAGUCCAGCAGCCGGAAAAGUCAGUUUUAACGUUUGCAAAUGUUGCAAAGAAACAAACUCAAAAGAAGGCAGCGGAUAAUAAAAGUGUGGCCAUGAAACCCACGGAGCCGAUUGUGCACAAACAAUGUAUUGUGAUAGAUUCACAAAAUGAUCUAACGGAUAUUACUAUUCAAAAAGAAAAUAAAAUGGAAACUAGAGAAAAAACUCUCAAUCCGGAUGAUUCAGCUAAGUUACUAGCUAAAGUAUUCUACCCUGAAGAUGAAGUAAAUAAGGACACCGAAGAACAAGGAAAAGUUCGUGAUGAAUCGAAUGCAAUUAUUAAAGAUCUAAGAUAUGACUCUAUUAAUUUUCGGAAAUUCACCGAAGAAGAAAUAGAAAUGGAAUACGCUGAUAUGCUUUUGGUUUAUGGCCGGGCCCUAAAUAACGGCCACAGAGCACGUAGACUUUAUGGAGAGCUGUAUCCCACGAGAAGGUUGCCUAGCCAUGAUACGUUUGCAAAUACUUAUAGAAGGCUACGUGAAACUGGCAAAUUGCAACACAGGGAACCAGGAGUACGUGGAAGACCACUUGAUGUUGCUGUGGAUGAGCGUAUCUUGGCGGCUUUUGACGAUGAUCCCACUAUAAGCAUUAGAAAAGUAGCGACUGAACUCGGCUUUUCUGUAUGGAAAGUGUGGUCGGUUCUCCGCAACCAUUGCAAGCACCCAUUUCACCUCACCCCAGUGCAAGGUACUUAUUAUUUCUUCUUUUUAUAA